AUGACGCAGUUGUCGCUCGUUGCGGCGCUGUGGGCCUUGCCGUCCACCGACGUGAGCCUAGCGGCCAGCAGCUGGCUGCUCUUCUUCCUUUUCGCACGCUUCUUCUUCUCCUCAUGGCUCUUCCGCGACUACGCCGUUCGCAGCGCCGCCACGCCGCUGCUCUUUGCUGCGUCCCUAACCUUCUCCCUGAGUAUCUUCCAGAUGGUCCUCUUCGAAGUGACGGACGUGAUGAGCGUGGCCAGUCGCCAGUGGGUCUGGCGCGUGGAUCUCAUUGCAAUGACGUAUCUGGUGGUGCUCAUUCUGCCGCUCUCGCUCUUUUAUGCGCUCGCGAGAGAGUACUGUAUGGCCAGGAGACAAGCGCUUGCAAGUGCCAGUGCAGCACUGUUGCUGUAUCUAUAUGGCUUUUGGCGACUGGGGGGAGUCCUGGAACAAGACUUGCCGCAUCAGUCAGUUGAUGGUGUUACAGCGUUGUUUACGAUUCGAAACUUUGUGAGUCGAGUAAGUCUACUCGGGGUCGUGUUCAUGGCGCUGUUGUCGGGCUUUGGAGCUGUCAACUGUCCUUACGAGUACAUGACUUUCUUCUGGCGUCGAGUGGCGGAGGAAGACAUUGAGUUCCUGGAGAAGCGGCUGCGGCAUAAUCUGGACAUUCUGAUCGUGAAGAAGAAGCGGUUGACACUGGAAUUGAGGGCGUCGGUGAGAAGACAGGAUGCUGCUCUGGCAAGUAAAGGCAAGAGUGACUCGUUGAUUGUGUGGGCACUGAGCUUGUUUUCGUCCAGAAAAGACGACACGACGUAUAUCAAAGGGCUGGAGGCAGAGAUCUUGACGCUUGAGAGUCUGGGACGGGAGCUGUUCUUGGAAGUAAAUGACCUCCGAGAUGUGCAGGCGAGAUCGCUGCGCGCACGCACGUUGCGGGGCCGAGUGUUCAACUGCUUUGGCUAUGCGAUGUCCGUCUUCUGCGUGUACAAGAUGUUGAUGAGCACUAUAAAUGUAGUCUUCCGAAGGAACCGCGACAAGGAUCCGAUCACCGACGUUAUCGAGAAGCUGCUGUAUAUUUGGCCGUCGCUGGCGGAGCAGCUGAAUAUUCGCUUCGUGUCAGAGGUGGCCUCACUUGGCUUUGUCGGCAUUCUUGUCUUCACCCAGACACGAGGCUUCUUAGUGACGCUACUGAAGUUCUUUCGUACCUAUUCAAGCACCGUAUCGUCAAACAGCGUCGUGCUCUGGCUCGCACACCUUAUGGGGAUGUAUUUCGUAUCCUCGUUUGUUCUCAUGCGAAUGAAUCUCAGCUCGCUGCACCGCCAGCGAAUAGACGAAGUGCUUGGCGAAAUCGAGUUCAACGUAUUUCAUCGGUAUUUCGACAUGAUGUUCGUGGUCAGUGCUUCUUGCAGCCUUGGGGUGCUCGCGCUAACGAAGUUUUCCAAAGCCUCGCGCACGGCCGUCAACGAAUACGGCGCGCACGACAAGUUUCCGUAA